UCUGUCCGUAGUCCUGAAAAUAGAGGAAUUAGGUUCUGACUCCUGUGAUAGGAGCACACGAAGAGUCCGAAACCCUGCGACAUACAACAAUAACAGUAACAAGAAUUAACAGCACGUUACAACACGGCACGCGUCACGACGAGCACGGAGUGGAUGACUGCAGGACUUCAGCAGCUGUGUGACGUGACGAGGAGGGAAAGCAGGAAUUCCCCCGCCGCACACACUGAACUGCAAGGAUUUCUGAUCUCCUUCACCGCUCACAGAAAGUCCUGUUCUGGCUAGCCAUGACUAGAUACCAUAAUCCCUCAAGUGCUUUAAUACAGCUGCUUCUUCUGACAGCAGCAUCCUUUCUCCAUCUGUCCACCUCCAAUCCUCUCAGCACCCUUGACAAGCCAUACCAACAUACGUCAGGGCUGACUGUGUCUGGAUAUAGGAAUAUAGGUGGUGAAGAAAGCCAGCCAAUGCAGAGACAAGAGGAAGCAGAGCAUGAAGAAGAGCUUUUUAAAAAUGUUGAUCCCAAAAAACUAGCAGCAGUUUUACUAGAGGCACUGAAUAAUUCAAAAGCAGAGCAAAUGAGCGAAGGAGAAGGGCGUGAUGGAAUGGAAGAAGAGAUGAUGGCAGAGAAAGAGGAAUAUAAAAACAAAGAUUCAUACAGAAAAUUGAGAACGAUUGAGGGAGCAGACCGAGACAGAGACGGACGACAAGAGUUAGAGCUGCUAAUGGCGACACAGGGGAAGGAGCAGGAAACGGGGGAAGAGGAAGAGAGGAAGAAAGCACAAAAAGAAGAGGAGCUGACCGAGAGGGUGACCAGUCGUACUACAAGCCACACAGUCGAAAUAGCAAGAGAGAAGCCUCCCACUGGCUCAGAUGGAAGAGGCGAUAAUGGAGAGAGUACUGGUUCCCAGCAGGGAUCAACCAGCCCUGAUCAAGCCAGUAGUGAGGAGGAGGAACAGCUCAGCCCUGAGGAGCUAAAAAGUCUUGAGAUGAUGAUGAAGGAAUUCCCUGCUUUGAAUGUGCCCAUUAAGAGGGAAGGAGACUCUGAGCAAAGUCACAGAGAAAGCAGAGACUACAGCUACAACGACAUCAUGCCCAUAAAUAAAGGCAGUGACCUUGCUAUCACUAAGAAAAAGCUUAAAUGGCAAGAAGAGACGCAGAAAGCUCUCAGCUUCCCAAAAUUCAGAGAAGAUAAUUUUAUGGAUGAAUUUGAUGACAGCAAUCAUAACUCAGCAGACCUCCAGGCUCCAAGAGAACAGACGAUGGAAGAUGAUGAUCCAGACGAGGAGGAGGAAGAAGAUGAGGAGGUGUUGAGUCCAGAGGAAGAGGAGGCUCAGGCCAAAGGUGAGCAGGAGGAGAUGAGGAGACAGGCAGCUGAGGCACAAAGAGCCAAGAUGGAGGAGGAGAUGCUAGCUGAUAUUGCCUCAGACAUGCUGCUGCGGUACAUGGUCAAACAGAAUAACGGGAACAAGCAGUACAGCUCUUCUCUCUCCAGCGCUGCAGAGGAUAAAAGGUCUGACGAAGAACAGGAAGUCACAGAGGAAGACGAUAUUGAUCCUCAGACCAUUGACAAGCUUAUAGAGAUCUCCAGCAAGCUCCACCUCCCUGCUGAUGAUGUGGUGGACAUCAUCAGUGACGUGGAGAAGAAGAAGAAGAAAGACUUGUCGCCUGACGUGAUAUCAGGUUGGCGACGACCUUUAUCCCCCAUAUCUUCACCAUUUUCAUCGGAAUCACAGAUUUCAAGCAAUCAAAAUGACAUUCCCGCCUCUAACCAACCAUUUCCAGCAGCUCAUUUCCUCAAAACCUGGUUGCAGAAGAAAAAUCCAUCAAGAUCAGAGGAUCUCUGGAACAAACCUGCAAAACCUCAGCUUGGCAAUCAAAAUAUCUGGGCCCAGCCUCCUGUGCCGAUCAAACAGGACCUCUGGCUCACGUCACCUAAAGCUGCUUGGACUAGAUAUCCUCACUAUCCCCUUUUCCCCCACACUUAUCCUUCCUACUACCAGAAGAAGCCCUACAAAGGCUACCCCAUCUAUGUUCCUCCUGCACCCAGACUUAAACCCUAUUACUUGAUCCUUAAGCCCGCUCUCACUCUCAACAACUUCCUCACUCAUUCAGUGGAUGAUGUUUAUGCUUUUUCUCCCAAAAGGCGAUACAACAGCUGGGUCCAACCUAAGCUGAGAAAACCCCCUACAGGCCAACAGCAGAAGUCUUACUACACCAGAUACCCUCUCUCUUUGUACCCUUGGACAUUUCAGCCAGCGUCCAACCCCAAACUACAUCCACUUCCCAGAAUCCAUUCUCAGCAGAAGCAGCUGUAUUACUCAGCCCCAGCGCCUGCAGAUUAUUAUGUGGCUGGAAAGCAGCCGGACAGUAACUAUGAUGAUCUGGAGAAAUACAUACAGCAGAUAUCCAUGAAGAAGCCAUACAUGAUGGACUGAGUACAGACAUGAGAAGAAGGAUGAGAAGAAGAAGAGCCACAAGCAGAAAAGAGUGUAUUUAUUUAUGUUAAAGUAUUUAGGUGGUUUUUCAUAUGUAAUAAGUUUCCUGUAGUCAUUUUGAUUGGUUAUGAUUGAGACAAGGACGCCACAGAAGACUUUUCCCCAGAGGUGGUCUGGAUAAAACGGAUGAAAGAUGUACAACUGCACUCGUUUCCUUUGCUAUCCUUUAACUUUUCUUGACAACAUUCUCUAUAUGGACAUUUUAAAAUGCCAACAAAGGAGGAUGUUUAAAUAUGCUGUUAUCUGUACCGAAGGCCUUUUUCAGAAUCAGUCAGAUGAAUCUGAAAACAUUUAUUCCAAUGUUGGCUCUACUGUCAGGAAUGAUAGUUUUGGCAUUAAAAUUUGAAAAUUAUCAAAUUAAAAUAGUUUCCUCAAAAUUAUGCCUGGCCAAAAGAUACCAGAAGUCCCCCCUCAGUGGAAGGAAAUAGCCCCCAAAGGCAGGGUGUCCAUACAUUCUUUCACUAUCACCUCUUAGAAAUCAAAAGCCACUCCCUAUAAUUAUCUUUUAAAUGACCACAUGUUUAUGUAAAUGUAUCAAUUUUUUAUUGUUCAUAUAAAAGGAUAAAUUUUUAAUGGAAAGCACGUUUCUGUGAAUGUAUACUCACACAUAUCCACCAAAGCUCUUUAUAAUAAAACAUAAUGCAUCAAAAAGCCAGACUACCACCAAUAUAAUAGCUUGGAUGACUCAUUCUUUUGCAUAACUUCAACAACCUUGUUGCUACGGUGAUAACAAAUUCAGCCAAACCCUGGCUAGAAAACAGUCCAGUGUUUUACACGUCCUGCUAUUGGAGGAGGAUGUAAUGGUGGAGCCAUACUGAUCUUUUCAUGGAGAUAUUUAAAAGCAAAAGAAUAAUUCUACAUUUUCAGUCACUCUCCACAGAUUCCUUAGAAGCAGCAGUUUGCAUUUAAUACAUUACUUUUCUAAGCAAGAUGGCCUUUGUAGUUUUUUAGUAAAUGUUACAAGUUUCUAUUUUACAAGAAGUGUUGUUGGCACUAAGUGCUCUGAAAUCCCAGUUUCACACAUUUUUUUAAACUUUUAUUUUAUUCGUUCUUUUUUUAA